GUGACGGGGCUGUGCCCAAGGAGGUUGUGAUGGCUUGACAGGUGCGUGACAAUCGGAGCUCUCUGCAAGCAUGUACGCCAAAGGCAAGAGUAGCAACGUGCCGUCCGACAGCCAAGCCAGAGAAAAGUUAGCGCUGUAUGUGUAUGAGUACCUGCUACACGUAGGAGCCCAGAAGUCAGCACAGACCUUCCUGUCAGAGAUCCGAUGGGAGAAGAACAUCACAUUAGGAGAACCUCCGGGGUUUCUCCACUCUUGGUGGUGCGUUUUCUGGGACCUGUACUGCGCAGCCCCAGAGAGAAGAGACACAUGUGAGCACUCCAGUGAGGCCAAGGCCUUCCAUGACUAUAGCGCGGCAGCUGCUCCGAGUCCCAUCCUCGGCAGCCUUCCCCCAGGAGACGGCAUGCCCGUGGGCCCGGUCCCUCCGGGUUUCUUUCAGCCUUUUAUGUCCCCUCGAUACCCGGGAGGACCCAGACCGCCCCUCAGAUUACCCAAUCAGGGGCUUGGCGUUGUGCCAGGAAGUCAGUCGAUGUUACCAAGUGGCAUGGACCCCGCACGACAACAAGGACACCCAAAUAUGGGCGGGCCAAUGCAGCGGAUGACGCCACCGAGGGGCAUGGUGCCACUCGGGCCCCAGAGCUACGGAGGAGGGAUGAGGCCGCCGCUGAAUGCGCUCGUUGGGCCUGGGAUGCCGGGCAUCAGCAUGGGGCCAGGCGGUGGGAGACCGUGGCCAAAUCCUCCAAAUUCAAACUCUACUCCUUAUUCGUCUGCGUCGCCGGGCAGUUAUGUGGGACCUCCAGGAGGAGGGGGACCGCCCGGUACCCCGAUCAUGCCAAGUCCGGCAGAUUCAACUAACUCUGGUGACAACAUGUACACUAUGAUCAGCACAGGCCCCCCAGGUAGCAGUCGACCAAAUUUCUCCAUGGGUGCAGGAGGGGACGGCCCAUUAGGGGGAAUGGCUGGAAUGGAGCCUCAUCACAUGAAUGGAUCAUUAGGGUCGGGUGAUAUGGACAGUCUCCCAAAGAACUCUCCAGGUAAUCUGAGUAUGAGUAACCAGCCAGGAACCCCCAGAGAGGAUGGAGAGAUGGCCGGAAACUUCCUUAACCCUUUUCAGAGUGAAAGCUAUUCUCCAAACAUGACCAUGAGCGUGUGAAGACAAGGCCAGCAGCUUGUUCGCUUGCCUGCUCCCAACCUUCGACAAAAAGCAAAGGAUCACAUCUGAUGUCACGUCGACCUGUGACUCCUCCUCUUCCUCCUCCUCCUCUUCCUCCCCCUCAACCUCCCCAAUCAGGACAGCGACCCAGGCCUUCGUCCCAACACCGCCCCGCCUUCCCCGAUGUUUGUCUCAUCUGACUUGUCCCAUUCCACAUAACCAGUUGACCACACUCAUCGGUUCCUCUUCGGCAACUAUGCGACUGUACAAAGGAACAAUUUGUGGGGGGGGGGGGGGGGGGGGGGGGGGGGGGAGCUUGAGUGUAUUUGUGUGCGGACCUUUCAAGCUCAAACAGACAGACGGCCAGCAUCCUAUUUAUUUGAAAGUUUAAAGACAUUGCCGAUGGUAAACUUUACUGUAACUGGUUCUCACCAUGGACUUUUUUUUUUUUUUUUUUUUUUUUUCCUAACAAAUAUAUCUGAAAGGAGAAUUAAGGACACAUUGCAAUCACAUUUCCAUAAGGUUUAUUUAUAUUCUGCAGAUUUUUAUGAUGCCUUUUUUUUACAUUUGUGUUUGUCCACCACUAACACUGUGUACUAAGAAACACGGCAUACAAAUAUCUGGUUUUUCAUUUCGAAUAAAAAAAAAAAAAAAAGCCUUAAGGUAGACGGAC